UACACUAAAGAGUUUGCCGUAAAAAUGCAAAGGAACAAAUGGAGCAUGCACACUUGCACAGAAGAGAGUAGCGUGAAAGACGAGUGAUGGAUGUUUUAACGGACUAAAAGCUAUAAGUGACGCUGUUAUUGAUCAUAAAUAAAGACCUGGUCCUGUGGGUCUCAGUAUCAAUGAUCACAGUUCACACCUACAGUGAAGCCCCUCCCACAACAAUUCACCUAUAAAUACUGGAGAAUAUUCACAUCAUCCUACAAGAGAAGAACAAACUCCAGGUGCAGCAGCUGAAAUCUGUGAUUGUUAAAGAUGGAGUUUAUUAAAGAGGAGAUUGAAGACAUGAGUUAUUCAGAACCAUCCAGAAUAAAACAUGAAGAUACUGAGGAACAAACAGACUCGACUGAAGUAAAACCGCAAAGAAUGAAGCUGAAAGAAGAGGAGGAGUGUUGUAAAAUCAAAAUUUCAAGAAAAAAAGCCAAACAGCUGCACACAUGCCCUCAGUGUGGAAAGAGUUUUACUGCAGCAGCAAGUCUCAGUUAUCAUCUGCAUGUUCACUCUGGAGAAAAGCCAUUUAACUGUGGUAAAAAGUUUCAUGCAUCAUUCAAUGUAAAAAAACAGAAGAAAACACAUUCAGACGAGAAGCCUUACUUGUGUUCUUUCUGUGGGAAGGGUUUUUCAAGGCUGGACAAUUGUAAACAGCAUCAGAAAACACAUAAUGAAGUGAGAGCUCAUGUGUGUUGUGAGUGUGGGAAGAGCUUUACUGCAGCUGCCUUUCUGAAACAGCACCAAAUGAUUCACACUGGAGAAAAAUCUUACAAGUGCUCAUUUUGUGACAAGUGUUUCACUCAGUCUGGAAGCCUGAAAAGGCAUGAGCGACUUCAUACUGGAGAGAAGCCGUAUCACUGUACUCAGUGUGGAGAGAGUUUCAAACAUUCAUCAGGUCUCCGAAAUCAUCUGCACAUUCACUCUGGAGAAAAGCCAUUUAGCUGUGAUCAGUGUGGAAAAAAGUUCAUUUCUUCAUCAACUCUAAAAAAACACCUGACAGUUCAUUCGGGUGAGAAGCCUCAUGUGUGUUCUUACUGUGGAAAGAGUUUUAAAAGCCUGCACAGUUGUAAACUGCACCAGAAAACACAUAAUGAAGUGAGAGAUCAUGUGUGUUGUGAGUGUGAUAAGAGCUUUACUACAGCUGGCCACCUGAAGCAGCACCAAAGAAUUCAUACUGGAGAAAAACCUUACAAGUGCUCAUAUUGUGACAAGAGUUUCAUUCAGUCUGGAAACCUGAAAGGUCAUGAGCGAGUUCAUACUGGAGAGAAGCCGUAUCACUGUACUCAGUGUGGAAAGAGUUUCACUCAGUCAACAACUCUAGUGACUCAUAUUAAAAAGCAUUGUUCUGUGUCAGAGUGAGCAAAUGUUUUCUACAGAUUCAAUCAUUCAACUAAAUAU